UAAAAUCUAGCCAUGAAGUUGAGUCCAAGUUGCUGCAAGUAAUUUCUUAGGAAUGGCAACUGUCGCUCACUAGGAGUCACCUUAAGAAGAAUUUGUGCAAGCUGAUUGAGCCCUGGUAAUAGUGAUGGGAAAAGAAGAUAGGAAGGGAACAAAGCAUCCUAUCUAUAUAGGUGUUAGAAAGAGGAAGUGGGGACAGUGGGUAUCUGAAAUCAGAGAGCCAAUGAAGAAGAAGAGGAUAUGGUUGGGCUCAUUUCCCACACCAGAGAUGGCUGCUUGUGCACAUGAUGCAGCUGCUUUAGCCUUAAGAGGGCACUCUGCCAGUUUCAAUUUUCCUGAAUCGGUUCACUCCCUUCCUCACCCUGCAACUUCCUCUGCAAUGGACAUUCAAGCUGCUGCAGUACGAGCUGCAUAUUCUUUUUCCACUUCCCAACAACCAGAAGAAGAAGAAGUGCCCCAUAUGUGCUCCAGCGACAACAAUGAUCAUGAUUACAAUGCUUUCUCAGACCUAGAGCUCCCACUACAUAAUGCCAGUAAUGAAGCUGAAUCCGGUGAUGUUGCAAGAUCUGAUAACAAAAGGGAGGUGCUCGAAUCAUGGCUUGAUUGGCCCACCUUGCUAAUGAACGUGGCAGAUGGAGUGACAUUUGGGUCUUCUCUCCUCUUUCAUAACCAGUUCGCAGAAGAACAGGAACAAGAUCACCAGUUUAUAUCUCUCUGGGAUUUUACAUAAAAAACUAUGCAAAUAAUUAAGCAUCAUUAUUUAGCAAAAGUUAAUAUAGGCAGACCCUAUCUAGUACAGAAUUGAAGAAAAUAGCUAAGGUUUAGUCGGGACAGCCAUUGUUACAAAUGCAUUGGUAAGAUCAGGUUUGGUACAGAAAUUAGAAACAUUCUGCUAUUAUUACUCAUGAAGUACUAUCAUUGUCAUGGAAAUGAAUGCGAAGGUUUAGUCGGGACAGCCAUUGUUACAAACGCAUUGGUAAGAUCAGGUUUAGUACAGAAAUUAGAAACAUUUUGCUAUUAUUACUCAUGUAGUACUAUCAUUGUCAUGGAAAUGAAUGCAUAUAUGGAUUAAGAAUA